UCAAGAACAACAAACCAAAAUACUGACCCAGCCAAGUGGCCUAUUUUACUUCUGGAAAUAAGUUUCUCACUGACUUGACAAAAUUUGCAGUUUCUAGAACAAUCUAACCUAGCGUGAAAGACUUGAAGAUUUUAGAAAAUUAUUCGAAUAUUCUUGUCCAGAUGAACUCUAGUAAGUUGUCCAAGCAUUUUCAUUUUCAACAAUUUCUAGAAUUCAUACAGCUUUCUAGUAAUAGGAGUUUGUAAUGGCACAAAGAGAUAUCGAAAUUCUUAAGAUGGACCAAAAUGACACAAUACAUUUGUCAGAUGACCAUAUGGCAGAAAGUGAAGAAAUUGAACAACUCAAAGCAGUUCCCCAAGCAAAGGAUCUUCCCUCAGAUGAGUUGGAAACAAAUGAAGAAAAUGAUUUAGAGAAAGAUAGACUUGAAAAUGAGAAUCUUCUAGUAGGUCCAAAAUUUGAUCCUCCUGUCUAUAAACAAAGAUACUCCAGAGUGGCUGCAAUAUUGGAUUCAGAGAACGUUAAAUCUGUUAUAGACUUUGGUUGCGCAGAAUGUAAAUUCAUCCAACAUUUAAAACAAUGUAACAUUGAAGUUGUAUCUGGCGUUGACAUUGAUAAAUCGCUUCUCGAAAGGAGUAAAUAUUCCCUGAAGCCUCUAAUUACGGACUAUAUUAUACGGCGGAAGGAUCCACUUGUGAUGAGGACUUAUCAAGGUAGCGUAAUAGAUUAUGACGCUAGGUGUAUUGGAUAUGAAGCCAUCACAAUGAUUGAGAUCAUUGAGCACUUAGAGUCAGAUGUUCUAAAUAAAGUUCCCCAGAAUGUGUUUGGUACUUUACACCCUAGAAUCGUUAUUGUAACUACGCCAAAUUCAGAUUUCAAUGUUUUGUUUCCUGAUUUGGAAGGAUUUCGUCACUGGGAUCACAAGUUUGAGUGGUCUAGGGAUGAAUUUAGAAACUGGUGCGAGGAAAUCAUUGCCAUAUAUCCUUAUAUGGUGAGGUAUGAAGGAAUCGGGAGUGGACCAGAGGGGACUGAUCAUUUAGGUUCUUGUUCUCAAAUGGCAAUUUUUACUCACCUUGAAGAUCCAAGCGCAGUCGACCAAAGUCAGCCAUUAUACCUCAAUAUGCUAAAAACUCAGAGUGUUGUAAGUUCUAGUCCCCAAAGUCCCCCUUCAAUGGACCAACCCUACCAGCUUAUAUGUGAGGAAGUUCAUCCCCAUAAUGAAAGCAAUCUCAGUGAAAAUGAAACCUUUAUGUUGGACCUUGAAUACACCAUACGUCAAAUAGCUUAUAGGAUGCAGCAAGAUGAAGACGAUGAUGACAACAAUAAUGGUGAUGUUGACAACAAUGAUGAGAAUGAUGACAACAAUGAUGGGGAUGAUGACAACAAUGAUGGGGAUGAUGACAACAAUGAUGGGGAUGAUGACAACAAUGAUGAUUAUGACACAACCACAGAAGAUGAAUCAUCGGUUAAAAUACCUCUAACCAUCCUCCUUAGCUUCACUAAAAUCAAACAGUCAAAUAAAACUGCCUCAGAGGUCAAGGAAUCACUGCUCCAAGCUGGUUACAAAAUUGAAAAGAACUCUGUCAUAUUCCCUAUAGAUGGCUCUGGGAGUGAUACCGAUCAAAGUUUCAACGUAGAUGAUGAAAAUUUAGGUGGUCAGUUUUCCGAUGCUGAGGAUGAUUUAUCGAUCGAGAACAGAUAUUAUGGGAUGUAUAAAGGGGAAACCACCGAAGAUUGGGACUAAAAAUUAAUGUAAAUCAUAAAUUUAACAUGGAAAAGUUGAAAAGUCCCUUAAAACAACAGGCGAUUUUGUGAAAACAACUGGUGAAAAUCGCCUGUUAUGUGUACAAUGUACUUUUCUUUCAAAUUCUAUAUUGCUAUUAAAAUCUCAAAUGCAUCCGACUAAAUAUACUCAGAAAGGAAGACAAGG